CAACUAAGGUCCCAAUCUGGUUUAUGUUAUUGCACUUUCUGCAAUGUUGCUGCCGCGGAAAUAUAAUAUUCGAUUAUUUUGAAGGUGUGAGGAGGUGAAAGUUUAAUUCCUUCCAAACGGCACGGCGCGUUAGUAGUCCGAUAAGAUCUUCCGGUGGUCGCAUAGAGCAACUAAUUCCUAGUCUUGUAGGGGUAUCUGAUCAAUUCUUGGAGGUAGUUUACCUUAUCCCCAUCUCCAACUGGACUUCGCUCUCUUCCUUUCCUUCCACCAGCAAUGGGCUGCGAGACUUCGUGGUUGAGCAGCGCCCAUGCGCCGCUGGCCGCGGUGGCUCUCCGCCGCCCUUACAGAUGCUGGCGCUCGCCGUCCUGCAGCGCCGGAGAAACCCCGGACUCGCCGGCGCCGAGGGAUCGUCGCUGGUAUAAUCCGGAUAGGAGGAGAACGUUCUACCCCUUGAAGCCCAUACGCCGCUGGAUCAAAGCCGAGGACUUAUCACUGUCCGACUCCAGAAAUGACAGGUUUGUGCUUGUAUCAUAUAACAUAUUGGCCGAUAAGAAUGCUUCAUAUCACAGAGACCUUUAUUGGAAGAUUCCUUUUGAUGUUAUGAAAUGGGACUCAAGGAAAGGGCUCAUUCUCCAGGAAAUUUGUAGAUGGAAUGCUGAUAUAGUGUGUCUUCAGGAAGUAGAUAGAUACGAGGAUAUAUUGAUCAAUAUGAAAAAAGGAUAUGCUGGUAGUUAUAAGGGACGCACAGGGGAGGCCAAGGAUGGAUGUGCUAUAUUCUGGAAAGUAAAACGGUUUCGCUUACUUGAGGGAGACUACAUCGAGUUCAGUGCUUUUGGUCUUCGUGAUAAUGUUGCUCAACUAUUUGUAUUUGAGAAACGUGAAGCUGUUCCAAGAAGAUUAGUAGUUGGCAACAUCCAUGUGCUUUUCAAUCCAAAACGUGGAGAUAUUAAGUUGGGUCAGGUCCGCUUACUGUUGUCAAAGGCAAAUACCCUUUCAGAAAAAUGGGGUAACAUUCCUGUUGUGCUUGCUGGUGAUUUUAACAGCACACCUGAAAGCGCAAUAUAUGAAUUCUUGUCAACCUCAGAGCUAAAUAUUGCUACACAUGAUAGAAGACAUAUAUCUGGACAGGAUAGGUGGGAGUUUGCUCUAUAUGAUCUACCUAGUUUGAUGACGUUUCAAUGGACUGACAAGGAGUUGAAAAACGCAACCGGGCAGUCGAAAUGUACAAAACUUGAGCAUCCAUUGAUGCUGCACAGCGCUUAUGCUAGUGUUAAAGGUAAUGCAAGGACAAGGGGCCCUCAUGGUGAACCGCUAGCUACCACCUAUCACUCUAAAUUUUUUGGAACUGUUGACUAUAUUUGGUACUCAACUGGACUUGCAUGUACACGAGUUUUAGAUACACUUCCCACUGACAUAUUACGGAAGCUAGGCGGUCUACCAAGCAAGGAGAUAGGAAGCGAUCACGUAGGCCUGGUGUCUGAGUUCAUCUUCAAAGAAUGCAGUGACUUGGAAUUAAAAGGCCCAACCAACAUUUCAACAAAAGAAGACACAACUCACUGAAAUGACUACUUGAGCUGAUAUAAGGUUCGGAGUUUUUAACUUCAGAUAGGAUAAAAAUUUGGAGUAGGAGAGCAGAAGCCCAACCAAGUUGAGCUUGUAUCAGAUUAAACACCACAAUCUAUUUAUGCAUCUGGAGGUGCUGUUGUGGUUGAAUCCUCCUGAGUUUCCCGAGACAUUGCUCCAUGGUCAGUGCCAUAGUUCCAGUAACCAGGGCCAUAUCUGCUGCUUAUGAUACCAGCAUGUAGCAGGAUCAGGUAAAGCAGCUGUGUGACUGUCAAGAUUAUGAUAAAUGCCUCCAAAGUUCUCUGCAACAUCAAAACACAAUACAGGUUUGAUAGCAAUUGUUAUUCAGUCUCUCAAUUGCUACUCAUCCUUUAUGAAUGGUUUGAGUACUUUACAGUACCAGACGGCUCCCUCGGUUUCCCAAAUUGAUAUGCUCGCAUGCAAGACUGCAGAACCCAAUGGCAAAAAAUUUGUGAACUUGUCAGUUAAUGGUAAUAAUCAUUGUCGGCUUUUGUCUACAUGUAGAAAUGAUAGCAAAUUGUGCGGAGAUGGGAUAGGUUUUGGCUGUCUCUGUAAAUGAUAUUUCAGGAAGAUCAGUUUUAUCUGCGAAUUAGCCAGCUUCCAUUUGGCAUCCUUGUAUAGCAUAAUAUCCUUGUUUCAGAAAACUCUCCUAAUGGCUGCAUUUCAAUGAUCCUUUUGGCUA